CAGUGGCACUGUGAGUGUUUGCGUUCAGCAUGGCUGCUGCGGGUGGAGGAGCCGCGGGGAAGGAGCCCGGAGGAGGAGAACCGGGAGGAGAGAACGCGUCCGCGGGGCUCAGAGACGGAGAACCGGAGGAGAAGCCGGUGUGUCUGAUAGUGCUGGGCAUGGCGGGCUCCGGAAAAACCACCUUUGUUCAGCAACUCACCGCCUUCCUCCACACCAAGAAGUCUCCUCCUUACGUCAUUAACCUCGACCCUGCGGUCCAUGAGGUCCCUUUUCCAGCCAAUAUCGAUAUCAGAGACACCGUGAACUACAAAGAAGUGAUGAAACAAUACGGAUUAGGCCCAAACGGAGGAAUCGUCACAUCUUUGAACUUGUUUGCGACCCGGUUUGAUCAGGUCAUGAAGUUCAUUGAGAAGAAGCAGCACAACCAUCAGUAUGUUUUGAUUGACACUCCGGGUCAGAUUGAGGUGUUUACCUGGUCAGCGUCCGGAACCAUCAUAACAGAGGCCCUCGCCUCCUCCUUUCCCUGCGUGGUGAUGUAUGUGAUGGACACGUCCCGCAGUGUGAAUCCGGUCACGUUCAUGUCCAACAUGCUGUACGCCUGCAGCAUCCUCUACAAAACCAAACUGCCCUUCAUCGUCGUCAUGAACAAGACCGAUAUAAUCGAUCACAGUUUUGCGGUGGAGUGGAUGCAGGACUUCGAGGCCUUUCAGGACGCUCUGAAUCAGGAGACGUCGUACGUCAGUAACCUGACCCGCUCCAUGAGCCUGGUUCUGGACGAGUUCUACACAAACCUGCGCGUUGUGGGUGUGUCGGCUGUAACGGGUUCCGGACUGGACGAGCUGUUCGUUCAUGUCGCUGAUGCUGCGAAGGAAUAUGAAGCAGAAUAUCGCCCUGAAUAUGAGCGGCUGCACAAAGAGCUGGCCGAGGCUCAGACUAAGAAACAGCAGGAACAGCUGGAGCGCCUCCGGAAAGACAUGGGCGAAGUUUCUAUGGAAACGCCCGUGGAGCCAGAACCGUCGGACAUCAGCGGCCCGAGUGACCUUAUCUUCACCCGCGGGAACCCUGAAGUGGACGAAGAGGAAGAAGAGGAAAUGGGCAGUGACACAGAUGACAUUGAUCACCAAGUUACGGAGGAGAGCAAAGAGAGCACGUCGUUCUCCAGCUUCCUGACCGAGAGGAAGAAGGUGGUGCAGGUGCGAAACAGGAAAUCACAGUGAGGGCAAGACGACGAACGGGUCAGGAAGCUGCGCCUCGGGCCUUGACCUCUGAACGCCGAGCUUUCUGAGGACCUAGGAGUCACAGUCAGCCUGCUGCAGUUUGAUUGGCUUUGGGCAGCAGAGCUGAAGUGGCGCCAGUACAAACAAACCGUUCUGCCCGAAGCAGCUGCAGCCGACGCAACUUCAGCUGCGGCGUGACGAGAGCGGAUCAGCGCAGGGAUUUCUGAGGAUUUACCGUUUGACGAAACAGCUCGGCUCUGUUCCGGUGCCACAGACGUUUAGAAGCAGUGAAGGAGGAGGAUGUUCAGGAUGUUCCCGUCUGGCUCUCUUGUUUCCUCUGAUGUACAGUCGCAUGUAAAAGUUUGCGUCAGUCAAAUUCCAUGUUUUGUCGGUUUGUCAGAAAUAGGGGAAUGCGUUCAGUGCACAGUUCCUGUCUAUUUGCUGAAUUUAACAUUUCGGAAAAGAGAUAAACACAAUGUGGCUUGUGGAAAAGUUACGGCAUAUGUGUUUUAUCUUCUCCAAUAUGUUUAAAUAAAUAGGAAUUGUGCUCUAAAGUUCUCCGAGUUCUGUUGGGAGAGUGAGAUGCAUGUAAACAUGUCAUUUGGUGGGGCUUUUGCAUGUGACUGUACACAUUCAUACAGUUUUCCAGAUCCAGGCUCAUCCCAUUCCCAGAAACACGAAGCACUUUCUCAGUUUAAAGUCCACUUCGACAGUUUAUCCGGAUAAAUGAAAAAUCCUGCUUUGUGAAUGAAUCUGGCUCAUCAUGUUUAUCUACUUCUUAUUCCCUUGUGUGCUAGAACGUUCUGUCCUUCAUUCAAACCAGAUUAGUGUCUCUAACGCUCUUAUCUAGUAUCAUACACGUUUCGGACUGUUAAGAAAUGCUGUAUUUUGACUCUGUUAUGAAAAUAAAAUAUUUUACAGAUACAGGA